ACUCUGAGACCUGUCCCAUAUACAAAUGCAGUUAUUAUGAGACAAGCUGCAGGGCCUUAACUGGCACUAUUCAGUUCCUUUGCUUUUUUUGCUGUCUCAGAUUUUCAGUUCUUUUUAGAGUUGAAUACCUAAUAAUAUUAGGGAUCCUCGGAAGGACUGUGAAAUAUUUUCUAUAGUGAUCUGGAAACGCUUUGAUUGAUCCUAGGACUCACUGCACCGAGAAAGCCGCCAGGAGGGGGAUGCUGAAAUUAAGGAAGUUUCAGGCAGCAUAAAAGAGGAAAGGACUGAGUUACGAAACACAGAAUCCUACCCCAAAAAUCUCCCCAACUUUAAAUUGCUCAACACCACAUCUGAAGACUUAUGACCUGUUACUGCCAUUGAUUCCUUAAUAUUCAAUCAUCGCUAUGACAGAAAGCACAGCUGAAGGUCGUUCAUUCACCACCACUACAGUUGUUUUAGAUGGUAAAAACGGAUCUGUCCACAAACCACCAGUAAAAAUGACCAAAACAGUCUCGCAAGACCUGAAGACGACUUUCAGCUCUCCAGUAGCAUGGCUGCUUGUUGUUGCACUGAUAGUGACAUGGUCCGCUGUAGCUAUUGUCAUUUUCGAUUUGGUGGAAUAUAAAACUUUUGCAGACACCUAUUCCCAGUACUGUGAUGACCCCUGUUUACCACCUGGAGGUUCACUUGAAAAGCUCAGGAAUGACCCAGUGAAAAUCAUACAUGAAGCUGUGGAUGACACAACUGAUUGGAUAUAUUCCAUAGUUUCUACUGUGUCGAACUUCGUAUCUCUCGAUGAUGACCGCAAAGUUGUCCAAAUAGACAGAGAAGAAAAAUAUGAAAAAUCUGCACAAAGAAUUCUUCACAAAGAAAAAACAGUAAAGGAAGAAAAACCUGAAAAGGCAAAACACAAAGAAAUUCCAAAAGCAAAACCUGAAGUAAAAGAAAAACCAGAUAAAAAAGCACCAGCGAAAGACCAAAGAUCAGAUGGAGAUGGAAUUGAGGUUCAAAGGCAAAAGACUAAAAUACAAGUUGAGCAUGAGAAGAAAACUCCUUCCAAAGCUGUGACAACAGAUAAACCUAAGAAGGAAAAGGAUGAAAAGAAAGCUCAGAGCAAAGCUUUAGCAACAGAGAAAGCUAAGAAGGAAAAGGCUGAAAAGAAAGCUCCAACCAAAGUAAUUGCCAAGGAGAAAUCUGAACAGAAGGAGAAAGCAGAGAAGAAAACCACAGCCAAAAUAAGUACAAUAGAAAAGGCUGACAAGAAAGAAAAAGCUGAAAAGAAAACUCCAGCAAAAGAAACCACAAAAGAAAAACAUGUAAAGAAGGAGAAAACUGAGAAAAAGGCUUCAGCUAAAGAAACUAAAAAGGAGGAACCAAGAGUGAAAGACAAAAUUAAAAAGCCAACAACCAAAGAACCUGUAAAAGAGGAACCAAAAGUAAAGGACAAAACUGGAAAAAAGCCUCCAAUCAAAGUUGCCAAAGAAGAACCUGAAAAAGCGGUAAAAACUGAGAAGAAAACCCAGGCAAAAGUUGCAAAAGAAGAGGUUCAAAAAGUUGUAAAAACCAAUGCCAAAGAUGAAAAGAAAACUAAAGUCUCUCAGAAAGAAGUAAAAGCUGAGAAAGAGGGAAAGGCAAAAACCUCAGACAAAGUGGCAACAAAAGACUUAAAGGAAGUAAAAGCUGUUGAAGAAACCAGGACAAAGUCUAAGCCCAAGGAGGUUGGAAAGGAUAAGGUGGAAACCAAAGUUGAGUUGAAAGAUCAGUAUCAGUUCUGUCGCUAUGUGGUUGACAUGUAUGCUCACGGGGAUUUAUACACAGCUGGAAAGCAGCCUAUGACCCCAGCAAUCCCCCCAAUAAAAGCAGCUGCACCUUUACCGGCCCUUAUAAAAGCAAAAGAAGAACCAAAGAAAAAAAUAACAAAAGAAAAAGAUGUUAAAGAGGCAAAGAAAGCAGUAACACCGCAAGAAAAGGAGCAGAAAAUUAAAGAAUUAAAGACAAAGAAAGCAGAGCUACCCAAAGAAAAACCAUCCAAAAUAACACCAAAGAGAGAAGAGAAACCUAAGGUGGAAAAGCCUUCACCAAUAAAAGAAGCAAAAAUGAUUAAACUGAAGAAAACAAAAGAGAAACCAAAGAAGGAAAAGCCGGCACCAAUAAGAAAAGCAAAAAUGAUUAAACUGAAGAAAACAAAAGAGAAACCAAAAGAGGAAAAACCAUCACCAAUAAAAGAAGAAAAAGUAACACCUAUGGCAGAAAUAAUCCCAACCCAAAAGGAUGAACAAGAACCACCCAAGGUAGAAGAACCAGUGUCUCUAAAGGAUGGAACAUGUGGAACUAGUCGCAUUGUCCCUGGAUUGAUCAUAAUUAUGUCUGACACACUGACUAGUCAUGGACUGUCAAAGGAACAAGAGGAAGAAGUGCUGAAGGCAGCAAGACAAGAAUCUGAAGAGGAAAUACUGAAAGUACUAAUACCGACAGAUCAAGAAAAAGAAAAAGAAGAGGAAGAAAGAACUGUGCAAUUACCAAUAGAGCCAGAAAAGGAAAAGGAAGUGUUAGCAAUACAUAUAGAGCAUGAAAAGGAAAAAGUGGAUGAAAAAGUGUCUGUACCAAUUGUAGCAGAGCUUGAGACAGAAAAAGACGGUAAACUGGUUCUACCAAUUCUAGCAGAACCUGAAAAAGAACAAGAAGAGAAACUUACUGUUGUGAUAGUAGAAGAGCCUGAAAAAGAAGAGGAGAAAAUGACCUUGCCACUACCAACAGAAAUUUUAAAGCAAAAAUUAGAGCCUCCCAUCACAGAAGCAAAAGAACUGGAAAAGGAAGAGGAAAAGCUGACUGUGCAAAUACCACCAACAGAAGCCCUGAUACAAGAAGAAAAACUUCCAGUUGCUGAAACAAAAGAGCAUCCAAGACAUGAAGAAAGAACCCCAGCCCUAGAAAUCCUAAAAAUAAAAGAGAGAGAUGUUUUGAAGGAAAAGGAUGUGACUCAAACAGAGGAACCUGCAAAGCAACCUGAGCAAGAACCAACAGAAAUAAGUAAAGUGAUUGAAGACAGAGAGCUUAUAAAGGAAGCACCUGAAAUAGAUAAAGCAGAACUCACCAAGCAGACUGAACAAGAACCAACAGAUAUAAGUAAAGAGAUUGAAGAAAGAGAGACAAUAAAGAAAGCACUUGAAAUAGAGAAAGAGACACCACUUAAGGAGCAGCAAGAAUCCAGAGAGCCAGGGCAACCAAAUGCUCUUGUGAAGAUAUUAUCUGCUCUUCAGGACUUUCAGCAAGGAAUUGCCCAACUAGGAGGAGACUUAAAUCUCUCAUUAUAUCCACUGUAUAAUAUUGGCACAGAAACAGUGGAAAAACAUGAAGCGGAACCAGCUGAGCUGAAAAAAGCCCCAUUGAAAAAACACAAAAAGGCACCAGCUAUACAAAUAAAAGAGACACCAGAGAAAAAACACAAGAAGGAACCAACGAAACCUAAAAAAGCUAUAGUGGUGAAAAAACAAGAAAAACAAGCAGAACCUAAGAAAGAUUUACCAGUGAAAAAGCAUGCAAAAGAACCAUCAGAACCAAAGAAGGAGACACAAGUGAAAAAAACAGAAAAAGUUUCCAAAGAACCAAAGAAAGAGACAGCAGAGAAAAAACAAGAAAAAGAACAAAAACAACCACAGAAAGAGACAUCAGCAAAAAAAUCUGAGAAGCCAGCAGAACAUAAAACAGGGAAACCAGUGAAAAAACAAGAAGAACCAGCAAAAGAAAAGAAAGAGACACCAGUGAAAAAACAAGAACCAGCAAAACCUAAAAUAGAGGCACUAGUGAGAAAACACGAGGAACCAGCAAAAGAAAAGAAAGAGACACCAGUGAAAAGACAUGAAGUGCAAGCAAAACAAAAUAAAGAGCACGUGCAAAAAUAUGAAGAACCAGUGAAAGAGAAGAAAGAGGCACCAGUGAAAAAACAUGAAGUAGCAGCAAAAGGAAAGAAAGAGACACUAGUGAAGAAACAUGAAAAGGUAGCAGAACCGAAGACAGAGAAACCAGUUAAAAAACAUGAAGAACCAGUAAAAGAAAAGAAAGCAGUGAAAAAACACAAGGAGCCAGCAGAACUGAAGACAGAAACACAAGUGAAAAUACCUGAAGAACCAGCAAAAGAGAAGAAAGAAAAACAAAUGAAAAAACUUGAAGAACCAACAACACCAAGAAAAGCAAAUUAUUUUGCAGAGACACAAGUGAAAAAAGCUGAAGAACCAGCAAAAGAGAAGAAAGAAAAACCAGAGAAAAAGCAAGAAAAAGAGUCUUUAGAAAAAAAGAAAGAUACACCAGUGAAAAAACAUGAGGAGGUAGCAGAACUAAAGUCAGAAAAACAAGUGAAUAAACUUGAAGAACCAACAAAACCAAAGAAAGUGAAAAAACUUGAAGAAUCAACAAAACCAAAGAAAGAAAAACAAGUGAAAAAACUUGAAGAACCAACAAAACCAAAGAAAGAGACACAAGUGAAAAAAGCUGAAGAACCAGCAAAAGAGAAGAAAGAAAAACAAGUGAAAAAACUUGAAGAACCAACAAAACCAAAGAAAGGUAACCUAAUUCAUAACCUUACAUGUCAUGCUUAUGAAACACCAGAGAAAAAGCAAGAAAAAGAGUCUGUAGAAACAAAGAAAGAGACACAAGUGACAAAAGCUAAAGAACCAGCAAAAGAGAAGAAAGAGACACAAGUGAAAAAAGCUGAAGAACCAGCAAAAGAGAAGAAAGAAAAACAAGUGAAAAAACUUGAAGAACCAACAAAACCAAAGAAAGGUAACCUAAUUCAUAACCUUACAUGUCAUGCUUAUGAAACACCAGAGAAAAAGCAAGAAAAAGAGUCUGUAGAAACAAAGAAAGAGACACAAGUGACAAAAGCUAAAGAACCAGCAAAAGAGAAGAAAGAGACACAAGUGAAAAAAGCUGAAGAACCAGCAAAAGAGAAGAAAGAAAAACAAGUGAAAAAACUUGAAGAACCAACAAAACCAAAGAAAGGUAACCUAAUUCAUAACCUUACAUGUCAUGCUUAUGAAACACCAGAGAAAAAGCAAGAAAAAGAGUCUGUAGAAACAAAGAAAGAGACACAAGUGACAAAAGCUAAAGAACCAGCAAAAGAGAAGAAAGGUAAACAUAUUCAGUAUUUUAACUUUCGUGAAGUGUUUCAGGACAAUUCACUGUAG